UAGUAAAGUAUAGUAUUAAUAGCGUUAUAGGAAUGGUAUUGAAUAAGGAUAAGAAAUAUGACCAUUUAUGUGUGUUGAUUACCAAUUGAAAGCGCAUGGAAAUUAAUUUAAGUGAUUCAUGUGUUAAAUCCAUAGACUGAAUUAAAUUGUGGAUUAUGACGAAUCAACAAAUUUUUGUUGGACGGUUUGCGAGCCUCUGGCAGAAAGUGAUAAGACAUUUACGCAGUAUAGUCAUCGUAUACCUGCCUGGGGGUUACAGAUAACGAUGAACUCAGUGUUUGGCCUCCUUCCCCAAAUGCUGUCAGAGCUCUUGUUGGCCUUUGGUGAGGAAACUGCUUUGCUGAGUGCCAAGGUAAAGAAACCAAACUUUUGAAAACAGGAAAUAAUUGUUAUUGUUAUUACAAUUGUUAUUACAGUACUAGGCAAGAAAGUGUCAGUGGAAGAGCAUUAUUAUACAGUACCAUGACUCUUACAUUUCUGGAGUAGUUCUUACAUAGUAUGUUACUCUCUAGUUUAGCUUGAGGCAACUCCAAAUGGUGUUCCUGUUGUUCAAAAGUUCAUUACUCUUUCUGGUACAUACCACUUUGGUAUGUAUGUGUUUAUAUACAUUACAGAUAUGGUUAUGAUAUGAUAUGGUUUACAGCAUUGAGAUAUUUUGGGUUUAACAUCACUUUAUUUUUAUCCAUAGUUUGCUCUGAUUUUGUGAUCACUAGAAGCCCAAUACUUGUGUUGGAAAAGCGGACAGAUAUACAGCCGUAUCUCCUGGCAUCAUCUCUGUCACACUAUGUUAAGAUGAUGUAACGAAUGGUUUCUCUAUCGGUACGCAGAACUUGGGUACUGACCGAGAACUAGGAUAAAUGUAUGCUUCUUAGGUUUUUGGUCGAAUACAAAUAUAUUUCCUAAAAAAUUAGGCUGGGUAGGAUUAUUUGUUAUGACCUUAUCAACAACGCAUAAUAAUAAAAAUGAACAGGGUCUGUCAAUAAUGCAAUAUUCUCAAUGAGCCUGAGAACAGGCAAACCUUGGAUACCUUCAAGAAAGAAAAGUUGUGCUCUAGCAGUGCUUUGAAAUAAUAUAACACAUUUAUAAUCAUAUAUAUAUAUAUGUAUGUUUGAUUGCUGCCUGUUUUUUGGAGAAUUGUCUCGUGCCAUGGAAGGGAAGAAGGAUGCCAGAGGAGAGGCCCACUUCGUGGGGAUGAGAGAGGAGUUGAUUGAGGCCAAACGCUCCCUCAGAACACUAGAGGGAAGAGAUGUGUUGGUCAUCUACCACCUGGAAACUUUCUAUGCUAUGGACUCUUACUGUUAUCAUGAGGCAGGAGCUCUGCAGACUGGUGACAUUGAGGAAGGUUACGACCCCAAGGAGAAAUCCCCGGUUGCCAUGUGGCUCUCUAAAGGCCCGAAGCAGAGAGUCCACUCGAUCACCGAGGCCAACGGGGAGGUCUACGUCAAACUGUCAGAAGACCCUCAACGGCUGGAUUCAGACUUCUACCAGGGAGAGAGGGGCAAGGUGCAGAGGGCCAGCAUCGAGGCGGCCAAAGCAGCCAAAGCAGCUAAAGCCUUACAGGAGAAGAAAUCCCGAUAGUACGGAGGAAGCAAUAUUUAGGCAAUACCGAUGUUUCUAAUUGAUAUCUGUAGACGGCAUGACAAUGGUUGACAUUACUGGCUGGUAUUAACUCAUUAAUAUUGCAGGGAAGAAAACAGAUUAAUCAAUUGUCUAUGUGCUCCCAUGCAGCUAUGUUUGUUUUGAAAGUAAUCAAUAGUGAUCAUGAUGGAUAAAGACAUUCCAUAUCGGUUCAUCCCUACUUGAUAGUGAUGCUGUGGAUCUGGGAUUUGAUGAUAUUGGACAUUGUGUAUUCAUUAAUAAAUGAAGUGAAUGUUGACCUGUAUCUUUUCCCAGUAAAAUGUUCUGUUCUGCUUAAGACAUCUGCAGUUGAAAAAGUCGAAGAGUCUCGGGGUGUUGCUAAAUGCAUGGGAUAUGGAUGCACUGCCGCAGCCAGAGGAAUACCAAUAUCCCUCAUGCAUAAUGCAUUUCCCUCACCAUAAAUAAUUAUGUCUAGGAUGCUCACAAUCCACACAGCCAUAGAAGUCUCCUUGUCAUUUGAUGAAAGUAAAGGAAAUUGGGCCAUCUUGUAAUAUAAUUGGACUUAUCGAUGAGCUGGCAAAAAGAAAGCAGAGAUUGUGUUCCGGCUCUCCGGCGCCCAUGGGCUGCAACAGGCCUGUAGAGGCCCUGUUCACGAGGCAGGUACUGCGCUUUUCUCUGGUAUUCUCUGAACACAAACAAACCAUUUGACAUGUAAAACACUAUGCACACACACGCACCAGACCUAGGGCUACGGCUGAACGAGGAACAUUAAGAAUAACAAAGUUGACUUGCAGGACAAAACCAACCUGCGAAGGGGUGGGUUAGAUCAGCCACCAGAUGGACGUUUUGCAUGAGGUCAGACGGAGGGGGUCAGCGAGUAGACACAACAGCAGGUGGAGUAAUGCAGGACGCUGCUUGCUCCUGUGUUCAUGUAUUCCCAUUAUGGCCUCAGCAUGUAAGGUAGCGCAGCACAAACAGCUGUUGACGGGCCGUUUGGCCCCGGAUGACUGUGCGUCGUUCAUAAUUCAUGGCCGUUAAGGGCCGGGCGGGACUCUGAACAGACAUUUAAAGCACAACUCCACAUGCCU